GGCUGACACACUCUCCAUAAGCAUUACCAUCUGUCUUCUAGUCUUCAGUCUUCUCCCCGCUCUCUCUCUCUCAUUCUCAUUUUGUCAGUGGUUACCUCUCUGUGUGGCUCCUUGCCCAUUCUCUCUCUCUCUUUGUGGCUGUGUAAGUGUGUAUGUUUCCUUGUGGAAGGAACCAUUUUUGGAGGGGGGUUCCUCCCACCUUGACCUCCCCGUGCUCCGCUCUCCUUGUGCCAACGAUACUGACCUGGAUAUGCACUGUUCCGGUAAGACCGACCCCUCGGUCAGCCAAGUUUUGUUUUAGCGAGUGUGCGUGUGUCUGCGUGUGUGUCACGCCCCCUUACUUUUUACAGCACCAUUUCAUCCCAAAACUUUGGUGGUUUCUGGCAGGCAGGCCUCCCUCCCUCCCUCCUCCUGUCCCUCUCUCUUUCCCCCCCCCCGCUCUGCGGCGUUUUGGACUCUGUGUCUUCAGACUGCGUAUGGUUUCUGUUGAAGUCUUUCGCCAGCCAGUGGUUUCUCUGAAGCCCUGCAGAACAACCUAACCACUGGCCCAGGCCUCGCCUCUCCACUCCUCUCUCCUUGUGUCCCUCCCCCCCCCCUCCUCCGUCCCUCCAUCCCCGCUCCGAGAGAGGGGAAAAAGAACCAGGAAGACGCUCCCAGCUCAUUUUCCAUGUGAUCACUGGACGGGAGCAGAUCGUCGGCAGCAUCGCACCAGUGCUCUCAUCUGGCUGCCUCCGACCCCAGCUGCCUCCGACCCCAGCUGCCUCCGACCCCAGCUGCCUCCGACCCCAGCUGCCUCCGACCCCAGCUGCCUCCGACUCCAGCUGCCUCUGACCCCAGCCCGGCCGGAGGACUCUGUCGGCCUAUCAUGGACUGUGGCGCGUCUGCGAUCCCGGCAUGCGCUCGGCCCGCCAGAACGAGAAGGACCUCGCGCCAACAGAGGUUUGGCCUACGACCCGGAGAGAACGGUUGUGGUGGCGGCGCCGUUGCGAGGAGAGUUGGCCACGCCUCCUCGGUACUGCGGAGAUUGCUAUUGGAUGUGUGCUGCUUGUCUCGCGACGCUACCUUAGAUCCCAGUCCUGGUUGUCCUGACGAAACAGGAGAGAGGGGGGAACCGGUGAGAGGAGGAGAAGAAGAUGGAGGUGAGGAGGCUGUAGAGCUGGGCCCCCCUCCCUCUGUGGACGAGGCGGCCAACACCCUGAUGACGCGCCUUGGCUUCCUGCUCGGGGACAAGAUGAAUGAGGGCGUGCCUGGGGGCGCGCAGUACGGCAUGGAUGAACACGACCACAGCCAGGUGAUGUCGGUGACCCAGAGGAUCAGCCCAUGCUCCAGCCUGGCCAGCAGCACCACCUCCCCCCCUGCAGGCAGCCCCUGCUCCACCCUGCCCCCUGGAGGGGGCUCUGGGAACCCCGGGGCCUACGGCUCCAUCACCAGCCCCACCUCCACCCUGGAGAGCAGGGACAGCGGCAUCAUCGCCACGCUGACCAGCUACUCGGAGAACGCCGAGCGCGGCGGGAAGCACGGCGACGGCUCGCGCGGCAGCCUCAAGCUGUGGCAGAGCCACAAGUCCCCCGGCGGAGACUCCUUCCUGUACCGCGUGGACGAAAACAUGGCCGCCUCCACCUACAGCCUCAACAAGAUCCCCGAGAGGUCCCUGGACUCCGCCCACUCCUCUCACUCCGCCCACUCCAUCCCCCUCUACCUCAUGCCCCGCCCCAACUCCGUAGCAGCCACAAGCUCCGCCCACCUGGAGGACCUGGCGUACCUGGACGAGCAGAGACACACCCCCCUGAGGACCUCCCUCAGGAUGCCGCGCCAGAACUCUGGGGCCGGACGCAACGCACAGGACCUCCGAGUGCGAUUUGCUCCCUACCGUCCACCUGACAUUGCCCUGAAGCCCCUCCUCUUCGAGGUGCCAAGCUUGACCUCUGAUUCGCUCUUCACCGGGAGGGAGUGGCUAUUCCAGGAAGUAGACGCCCGUCUCCGUGGUGACGACCCAGCAGCCAAUCGUGGGGUGGUGGUGGUUGGCAACGUGGGCUUCGGCAAGACAGCCAUCAUCUCGCGGCUGGUCGCACUCAGCUGCCAUGGCAACCGCAUGAGGCAGAUUGCCUCGGACAGUCCCCAUGCAUCACCCAAACAUGGAGAGACGUUGCCACUGAACCAGACCCAGCACUCCCAUGGCACCCUGGGGGGCAGCUGCCCGGGCACCCCAGAGAUGAGACGCCGCCAGGAGGAGGCCCUCAGGAGACUGGCAUCCCAGGUGGUGGCCUACCACUACUGCCAGGCGGACAACGCCUACACCUGCCUGGUUCCGGAGUUCGUCCACAACGUGGCGGCCCUGCUGUGCCGGGCUCCUCAGCUCCUGGCGUACCGCGAGCAGCUGCUCAGGGAGCCGCACCUCCAGAGCACGCUCAGCCUGCGCUCCUGCGUGCAGGACCCGCUGGCGGCCUUCAGGAGGGGCGUCCUGGAGCCCCUGGACGCCCUGCACAGAGAGAGGAAGAUAGGCUGCGAGGAGGACUUGAUUAUCUUGAUUGACGGGCUGAACGAAGCGGAGUUUCACAAGCCGGACUACGGAGACACCAUCACUUCCUUCCUGUGUAAAAUCAUGGAGCGCUUCCCCCCCUGGCUGAAACUGGUGGUCACGGUACGCACCUCGCUCCAGGACAUCACCAACAGGCUACCCUUCCACCAGGUGUCUCUGGACAGGCUGGAGGAGAGUGAUGCCAUCGACCAGGACCUGCAGGGUUACCUGCUCCAGCGUAUCCAGGGAAGUGUCGAAAUCCAGAGUAACGUGUCCCUCAACGGUCGCCUAGACAACGCAGCCUUCACCAAGCUGAGUGCCCACCUGAAGGCCCUGAGCCGAGGGUCCUACCUGUACCUGAAGCUCACGCUGGACCUCAUAGAGAAGGGAUACCUGGUCCUCAAGAGCUCCAGCUUCAAGGUGGUGCCGGUGAGCCUGGCUGAGAUUUACCUCCUCCAGCUCAACAUGCGCUUCCCCACCCAGUCCUCCUUCGAACGCGCCCUGCCACUGCUCAACGUGGCCGUGGCCUCGCUCCACCCCCUCACGGACGAGCAGGUGUACGGAGCGGUGAACGCCGGCGUCAUCCACGGCCCCGGCCUGGACUGGGAGGACUUCCAGCAGCGCGUGGAGCAGCUCUCGCCCUUCCUGAUUCGCCGACGGGACGGGACGCGCAUGUUCACGCACCCCUCCUUCCGGGAGUGGCUGAUAUGGAGGGAGGAAGGAGAGAAGACCAAGUUCCUGUGCGACCCCCGGAGCGGACACACCCUGCUGGCUUUCUGGUUCUCCAGGCAGGAUGGCAAGCUGAACCGACAGCAGACCAUCGAGAUGGGACACCACAUCCUCAAAGCACACAUCUUCAAGGGCCUGAGCAAGAAAGUCGGGGUCUCCUCCUCUGUCCUGCAGGGGCUGUGGGUCUCCUACAGCACAGAGGGGCUAAGCACGGCGCUGGCCUCUCUACGGAACCUCUACACACCCAACAUCAAGGUGAGCCGCCUGCUGAUUCUGGGCGGGGCCAACGUCAACUACCGCUCCGAGGUGCUGAACAACGCCCCCGUGUUGUGUGUCCACGCCCACCUGGGCUACGUGGAGACGGCAGGCCUGCUGCUGGAGAACGGAGCGCACGUGGACGGCGAGUCUGACAGCGGUCUCACCGCCCUGGGAUACGCCUCCGCCGCCGGACACCUCGCCAUCGUCACUACGCUCUGCUCGCGCAAGGCCAAGGUGGACCAUCUGGACAGGAACGGUCAGUGUGCGCUGGUUCACGCCGCGCUGAGGGGUCACCUGGAGGUGCUCAAGUUCCUGGUGCAGUGUGACUGGAACCCUGACGGCCAGCCGCCUGGAGCCUUCACCAAGAGCCACGCUGUCCAGCAGGCCCUCAUCGCUGCAGCUAGCAUGGGCUACACAGAGAUUGCUUCCUACCUGCUGGACCUGCCAGAGAAGGAUGAGGAGGAAGAGGAGAGGGCCCAGAUCAACAGCUUUGACACCCUGUGGGGAGAGACCGCUCUGACCGCGGCAGCAGGCAGGGGGAAGCUGGAUGUGUGCAGGCUGCUGCUGGAGCAGGGUGCAGCCGUGGGGCAGCCCAACCGCCGGGGCAUCGUCCCCCUCUUCAGCGCCGUGCGCCAGGGACACUGGCAGAUUGUGGACCUACUGCUGAACCACGGGGCGGACGUCAACAUGGCCGACAAGCAAGGCCGCACUCCGCUGAUGAUGGCGGCCUCUGAGGGACACCUGGGCACGGCAGAGUUCCUGCUGGCACAAGGUGCAUCCAUUGCGUUGAUGGACAAGGAAGGCCUCACGGCGUUGAGCUGGGCGUGUCUCAAAGGACACCUCCCAUUGGUCCGUGCCCUGGUGGAGAGGGGCGCGGCCACGGCCCACGCCGACAAGAGCGGACGCACCCCCCUCGACCUCGCCUCCUUCUACGGAGACCCCGAAGUGGUCCAGUACCUGGUGGAACACGGCGCCAUGAUAGAGCACGUGGACUACAGCGGGAUGAGGCCUCUGGACCGGGCCGUGGGCUGCAGGAACACCUCGGUGGUGGUGGCCCUGCUCAAGAAGGGAGCCAAGAUAGGCCCUGCCACGUGGGCGAUGGCCACCUCCAAACCGGACAUCAUGAUCGUCCUGCUCAGCAAGCUGAUCGAGGAGGGCGACGGCUUCUACAAGAAGGGGAAAGUGAAGGAGGCAGCCCAGAGGUACCAGUACGCCUUGAAGAAGUUCCCCAGAGAAGGUUUCAGCGAAGACCUUAAAACCUUCCGAGAGCUCAAGGUCUCUCUGCUGCUCAACCUGUCCCGCUGCCGCAGGAAAAUGAACGACUUUGGGAUGGCUGAGGAGUUUGCUACCAGGGCGCUAGAGUUGAAAUCCAAAUCGUACGAGGCCUUUUACGCCAGAGCCCGCGCCAAGCGCAGCAGCAGGCAGUUCCACGCAGCCCUGGAGGACCUGAGUGAAGCCGCCCGCCUCUGCCCCAACAACCGAGAGAUCCAGCGGCUGCUGCAGAGGAUGGAGGAGGAGUGUCGCCAGGUGGAGGAGGAGCUCGAACUGCCCCCCGACGACGCCCCGCCCCCUUCCCUGGAGCCCCGCCCCUGCCUGUCGGAGCUGGAGGCGGGCCAGGAGCUGUACGAGGAGGAGGCCGACUACAUGGAGAGAGACAUGGAGGCCCCGCCCCCCGCCGACCCCCUGCCCCGCUCCCCCCCGUCCCCCUCCGUCCUGCCCCUCUCUCACAGCCUGACACCCUCCCCGGGACACCGCGAGCCGCCCUACCUCUCUGGAGGCCAGGCCUCCCUGGGCCAGGCCUUUGAGUUCCGCCCCGGCCCCCCCGCCAUGUCCUCCCCCACCCGCCAGGGGUACCAGUCCUCCUCCCCGUCUCUCUCCCCGACUCACCAGAGCUCCCACUACCGCCCCAGCCCCCCGCACACCUCCCCAGCUCACCAGCCCUCCGCCUACCACUUCAGCCCCCCGCCCUCCCCGCUGCGCCGGGGGCCCCAGUACCGCGCCAGCCCCACCUCGGAGAGCGCCGGGGGGAUGUACCGUCCCCAGUCCGCCUCCGCCCGCUACCAGUCGGAGCACCAGCACCCGAGCCGGCCCAAGUCCCCUCUGUCCAAGAUGUCCAGCCAGCGCUCCUUCCAGCUGCCCUCCCAGGGCCCGUUCCAGGAGCAGGCCCACCCUCCCCAGCAGGGCCAGUGGCUGCAGCCCGCCAAGGCCCAGAUCAUACGCACCAACCAGCCCAGCGCGUCCGCCCACUCCAGCGCCGUGCUGGGCAGCUCCGCCUACUCCCAGAUGGCUCACUCCAUGUCGGCCCGCCUGCCCCCCGACCUGGCCGAGCUGGGGGAGGGGGUGUACCCUAACCUGGGGGAGGGGUACCCCAGCGCCCUGCAUGGAAGGCCUUCUCUUCAGGUGCAGGCCAGUCUGAGUGCGGGGGCUCUCUACCAGCAGGUCGGGGGCCCCAUGGAGGAUGACCUCCCCCUUCAUCAGAGGCCCUCUUCAGCCUAUCGGCCCGGAGGAGGAGGAGGGGGGCCGAGGUACGGCCAGACCCCCCAGAUCAGCCGCAGUCAAUCAGCAGCCUAUUACCCCGUGUCGCCCCACGAGCUGGAGAUGGAGCUGGAGAGGCAGGCGGCGCUGGGCUCCCCUGAGAACCACCACGGCCUGCGCCGGCCCAUCAGCUCCAACACCUCGGAGCCCAAGCCCCACAUGUCUACCCCCAGACCUCUCAUCCACUCCCAGAGCGUGGGCCUGCGUUUCUCCCCCUCCAGCAGCAGCCUCGUUGGGGGCUCGGCCGCUAAUCUAGGCCCAGGCUUCCGGCCCUCGGCCUCGGUCCAGCAAAUGGAGAUCCCACUGCAGCUGGCCUACGAGAGCGGGGUCGGGGUUUACUGCGACGACCUCUCGCCCGCGUCGCCCCCGGAGACGAUGGACAUGAGGGUGGUGGGGGGGACGUACCCCGGCGAGGCGCAGCGCUCCAGGAACACGCCCUUCAUGGGGGUGAUCGACAAGACGGCGCGGACGCACCAGUACAUCCCGCAGCCCCCCGCCGCCGGCCGCUCCUGGGCCGUGUCGUCGCUGGACACGGUGGUCACCAGCCCCGCCACGUCGCCUAGCAACAUGGCCGCCACGCACGGCUACAGCCAGCCCUCCGGCCUCAGCCACAUCGCCUACUACAACCGCACCAACAACGCCCACAACGGGCACCUCCUCGACGACGACUACUACCAACCGCCGCCCUCCAACGGUGCCCGCGAGGGCCGGUCCGACGGCAUGGGCAGAGUGAGCCAGGCGCCGACAUACCCGGACGUGAAGGUGGCGCGGACGCUGCCCGUGGCCCAAGCCUACCAGGACAGCGAGUACAGACAGAUGUCCAGGGAGAGGCAAGGCCCCGCCUCCCCCAUCAAACCAAAGAGACCCUUUGUAGAGUCCAACGUCUAGACGGGGACGAGGGAGAGGCGCAGUAAGGGUUAAGGAGACGGGAGAUGCUGUGUCAGACUCUAUUAAGAGAGAGGGAGAGAGAGCGGAGAAGAGGGGAGGGGGGAGAAAGACUGUCACUUGAGGAAAGCCAUGCCUGCUGACUUUCAUUCAUGAGU